AUGGCGACACAGCGGCCGGCACCCCCAAUAGUGCCCACGGCCGAUAUUUGGGAGUUCCUCUUUGAGCGGCCAUCUCUGCCUUUCCCUCCAGAUCAUGUAAUCUUUUGUUCCGCCACCACUGGCGACAAAUGGACCUACAAGGGACUUCGAAACCGUGCAGAGCAAUUUGGACUUGCACUACAAUCCCGCUGGCGAUGGAGCAAAGAUGAUGUCCUCAUGGUGAUGAGUCCAAAUGACAUUGAUACCCCGCCUGUUAUCUGGGGAUGCCAUUAUGCGGGCGGCAUCGUGGCUCCCGUCAAUCCAGCUUUGUCCAUUCAGGACCUUCGCCAGCAGAUCGAACGCAGCGAGGCGCGCGGACUCGUGGUUCAUCCAGACUGCCUUCCUGUGGCUCUAAAGGCUGCGCGUAUAGCGAAUAUUCCCACGGAACGUAUAUUGGCCCUUCGCUUUGACCAAGAACUGUCAACCAACGAUGGUAUAUCUACCGUGGACGAAUUCAUCGCAAGCGCUAAGAUGGGUCCGGACAUGAUAAGUUACCGUCCAAAGAUCGAUUCACAGAGGGAUACUGCUUUUUUGGUCUACUCGUCAGGAACUACGGGUCAUCCUAAAGGAGUGAUGGUUUCACAUCGAAAUGUGGUCGCAGAUGUCUUUUUGCAAUCGAUCGUUGAAAGCGAUCAUAUAGAUUGGCGCCGAGAUCGCACAUUGGCCGUGUUGCCCAUCUAUCAUAUAUACGGUUAG